UCCUCUCUCCGCGCCACUCCACCUUCACCUCUCUCUGUAUCACACUCAAAAGAAGUGCAACAAAAGGAAGCGAGCGACAGGGGAGAGGGACCAAUCGGAGUAUCCAACACCAGCUGCUUGCUGUUCAUCCGUUAUAUAAAACCCUGUGGCCUCCCAUUUGCCGGCUCCAUCCAUCCAUCUCUUCUCCAAUCCCGUUCCAUUGCUCUGCUCCUGCUCUUCUCUGGUCGGCUCAGCCUCGAUCGGUCUCAUCGUUGCAGAAAGGCUUGAUUGGCAGAGCAGAGGAGGUAGAAGGGCAGGAUGCCUUGGGUGGGGACGAUCGUGCGGCUGGUGGUGUCCUUCCGCGUCAUCCUGUGAUCUCGCGCCGCUCCGUCCGUCGAGCGAUCGGGUGUCGAGGCUUGCUUGGAGCCUGGGCGGGGAAGGACAUGUGCGUUGGGUUCAGCCGGUGGAGCCUUGACGUGGUCGUUAUGACAAGUGGCGCCGUCGCGUACUACUACAGAUUGAUGCAAGUCUGCCAGGCCGAAUACUUCCGCCAGCUUCUGAAGCCCGUGACGUAGAUUCGGCCAUCACUCCACACCUCACACGCACUCUCUCCAUCCUAGCAGCUCCAAACCCAACUAACCAAAACAAUUUUGAAUUUAAAAACCACAAAAAGCCAGCUCCAGUUAACAAAACGCUCUUAAAUUUCUUGUUCAUUUUCCUUCCAAUCGAAACCAAACUACUUCCUAAAUUUCCCCACACAAACAAAGCCAAAAAUCCUUAGAAAUCAAGCCAAAGCAACACUGCACAAGUGACCUGAUGCAGGGGGACCCCGGAUACGGGUACGGUGGCUACGGCUACGGAUACAAUAGCUACAUCGCCGGCACCGGCGCCGGCGGCUACGACUACGACAUGGCCGGCUACGUCGGCGGAGGCGCGUACUACGCGGCCAACGAUCGGUACGCUGUCGCGCCAGCUGCCUAUGAGGACCCCCUCGCCGGUCGGAGGCAGCACGACUUCCCGGCGCCACUCACCGGGCUCGAGUUCCAGUCGUCGGAUACCUGCCCCAAGAACUACGUCAUCUUCGACCAGACGUACGAGCGGAGCCGGGUCAUGUUCCACCCCUCCCUCGCCAACAACUUCGGCUCCUCCGGCGGCGGCUACGACUACAAUCACCACCACUGCCACGGCUUCGAUCAGAACUACGCCGGUGCCGGCAAGAGCGCCUACUACGGUUGCGGCGACGGCGGCGGCGGCUCGAUCCGGCAGAAAGAGGACACCGACGAGAUCGACGCGCUGAUGAGCACGGAGGACGGCGAGGACGAGGACGACGUGCUCAGCACAGGCCGCACCCCGGGCUGCCGCGCCGGCGGCUCCCCGGACUCCACGUGCUCGUCCGGGUACGGGCCCAUCGGAGGCGGCCGGAAGAACGAGACCGGCGGCGGAGGCGGCGAGAAGAAGGAGCGGAUGAAGAAGAUGGUGCGGACGCUCAAGGGGAUCAUCCCGGGCGGCGACCGCAUGGACACGCCGGCGGUCCUCGACGAGGCCGUGAGGUACCUCAAGUCGCUCAAGGUGGAGGUCAAGAAGCUCGGUGCGCGUGGGUCAAGCAGCUAGCCCGCUGACAUCCGCAACGAUCACAAUGGCAGUCGAAAUCUCUAUCUGCAUCGGCAGAUAAACAUCAUAAGAUGAGACCGGCGAUAGAAGCCGUGAUGAUGACAACGACAGCCUGAUCCUCGCAUCAGAUGCCCUCAACCAGUUGGUGCGUGCGCUGUUUGCACUGACACGAUCAGAGCAAGGGAAGGGAGCGGCAUGAGGGAGAGAGCUGAGUUACUGCGCGCUUUCUCGCUUUUAUUUCGUCACUGUCUUGUGGUGCCUCUGCUCGUGCGUGCGUGCAUGGAUUGUUGCUUUGCUUUAGUAGAAGUUGCUGCCUUUUUUUCUUUCGUAUCUCCUGAUAGUGGCUGGCGUUGUAACUGUCACGCUGAUGAUAUAGUAUACACCGUGUUUUGGUUA